AUGAUUAGAAGAGGAAGCAAGUUAAGACAGGUUGUACGAACUCCAAACCAAUUGAGAAGUACUUUGGUGGGUUUGCGUACUGCUACCACAGUAGUUUCCCAUCAACAACUUCCCAUUUCAUACUCCAUUCCUACGAUUUUGCCAUCGAUCAGCACCCCAGGUCCACAAUUUCAAAUCCCCCAUCUGAUUUUAUUAGAGUCUUCCAAAGAGGAACUGACUGAGGAUACUCCAGACAAGAAACCAAAGGAAAAGAAGGAAAGAGCCCCAAGAAAGAAGAAGGAAAAUUCAUCUGCAGCACCACCAGCUACACCACCAGCAUCUCCACCUUCAGAUAACUUUGAUAAAGACCCUGAAGACUCAAAUGAAUCCACCAAAUCUCCUGGAGUAGAUGAAGAAACCGGGUUGUAUCCACCCAUGAUCGCCAUUAAUUUCAUGCAUCGUCCUCCGUUGCCAGGCUCGACUUUCCAUAUAUCAGUAAAUGAUCCCGAGAUGCUCAGAGCCAUUGCCGCCAUUGAAGAGAAGCGCGAGCCUCACUUCGUGUUGUUUAGAGCCAGGGACCCAGAUCAGCCAGAUACCGAUAGCAUUGACGACAAGGAGUCUGUUCAUGACAUUGGGGUCUUGUGUCAAGUUUUACGAACUCACACUACUGAUUCCAGACUUACUUUAGUUGGGUUUGCCCAUAAGCGUAUCAAAUUGGCCACAUUGAUCCCGCCAAAGACCAAGAGCACCCAUCUUGUCAAUUCAUACUUGAAAGAUUACAAUAUUUCCACCGCUAUGGUUGAACCAGCCGAAGACAAGCCCUUUGAAAAGACGUCUCCAGAAAUCGUCAUGUUGGUUGACGGAAUCAAGCUGAUUUUGGCCGAGAUUCAACAAGCUAAUCCAGGAAGUAAGAACUCAUUACCAUUGACGCCACAAAUGUUGGAAGAUCCUUCUUUGUUUGCUGAUUACAUUGCUGGGAAACUCGCUGUACCAGCCGACAAGGCCCAAGAACUCUUGGAAACCCUCGAUGUGGAAACCAAGUUAAUCAAAGUCAUUGAUCUCGCCAAGGUUGAACUCGAAGCAUCAUUACUUAAGAUGGGUGCAGUUAGAGAGUUGAGUAAACGUGCAGAAAAGAAUCAAACUAAUGCAUUCAUCAAGGAGUUCAUUCUGGAAUUGAGAAAGAAAAUCGGGGACACCUCGUCCAGCAAGAGCACGAAAUUUGAAGAAAGAAUCAAGAAGAAUAAGUUGAAGUUGACCGAUGAAGCCAAGGAAGCAUACCUCAACGAGAAGGAAAAGUUGGCUACUGCUGGACCCGCAGAUAUGGAAGGAUCCAUGCAUGAGCGUUACUUGGACUGGUUGACCCUGAUCCCCUGGGGUGUUUAUUCCAAGGACUCGUUCAACAUCAAAAAAGCCAAGGAGAUUUUAGAACGUGAUCACUACGGAUUGAAAGAUGUCAAGGAACGUAUUCUUGAAUUCAUCUCCCGUGGUAAAGUAUCGGGAAAUGUUGAAGGGAAAAUUUUGUGUCUCACUGGUCCUCCAGGUACUGGUAAAACUUCCAUUGCUAAAUCCAUCGCUGAAGCUUUGAACAGACGUUAUGUCAGAAUCGCAGUUGGUGGAUUGCAUGACGUCCAUGAACUCAAGGGCCACAGAAGAACAUAUGUUGGUUCCAUCCCCGGGAGAAUAAUAUACGCAUUGAAGCAAGCCAAGACAUCCAAUCCAUUAAUGUUAUUGGAUGAAAUUGAUAAAUUAGAUUUGACUUCUCGUUCCGGGGGUGGUGGUGCUUCGGCAUUAUUGGAAAUUUUGGAUCCAGAACAAAAUAACGGAUUCGUGGAUAAUUUCAUUGAAGUCAAGGUCGACUUGUCCAAGAUUUUAUUUGUGUGUACUUCAAACUAUAUUGAAAACAUCCCUGCUCCAUUGAGAGAUAGAAUGGAGGUUAUUGAUGUUUCUGGUUAUACCAAGAACGAAAAGAUUGAAAUUGCGACAAAAUACUUGAUCCCUAAGGAAAGUAAGAAGGUUGGAUUGGAUGAAACUAGAGUUGUUAUUCCUAGAGAAACCGUCGAUAGAAUGAUUGACAAGUAUUGCCGUGAGAGUGGGGUUAGAAAUGUUAAAUCUUUGAUUUCGAGAAUUUUCAACAAGGCAACGUUAAAGAUUGUCGAACAAAUUGAAGAAAGAGAGGAAGCUGAAAAGGAGAAGAACGAUAAGGAGAUUGUUAUUGAAGCAAAAGAUGUUGAAACCAAGCCAAUUACAGAAACAGUUGAACCUGAAUUAGAAGAAGCACUUGAAACUAAGUCUGUUGAAUCUGAACACAACAAGGAAACCCAACCAGAAGAAAAGACUGAACAAAAGACCGAAGCUGAAUCUGAAAAAGUUGAAACCAAGUCAGAAAAGGUUGGUACUGAGGAACCAGAAAUUGAAACCGUCGACACCACAACUUCAGAAAAGUUACAAAUCCCAGAUGAUAUCAAGCUCGAAAUUACUCCAGACAAAUUAAAAGAUUACAUUGGUCCCGAAAUCUAUACUCGUGAACGAGUCUAUGAAACAUUGCCACCAGGUGUUGCCUCCGGUUUAGCAUUCACCUCCUCUGGUAACGGUGAAGUCUUGUACAUUGAAUCAAUCUUGACUAACUCGAUCGCCUCGGGUACUGGCCAUCCAGGAAUCAGAGUCACUGGUAGAUUGAGUGAAGUCAUGAAGGAAUCUGCUUCGAUUGCCCACGCAUUUGCUAAACAAUACAUUGUUAAGCAAUUCCCUGAAAACCGGUUCUUUGAAGCUGCAGAGAUCCACUUGCAUUGUCCUGGUGGGGCUGUUCCAAAAGACGGUCCAUCAGCUGGUGUUGCUUUCACUUCAUGUAUCAUGUCGUUGGCGCUUCAAAGAUCAUUGCCUGCUAACGUAGCCAUGACUGGUGAAAUCACCGUCACUGGAAAAGUAUUACCAGUUGGUGGAUUGAAGGAAAAGACCUUGGGUGCAAAGAGAUAUGGUUGCGAUACAAUUAUCUAUCCUAAGGAUAUCCAAAACGAGUUGGAAGAAAUGCCAGCGGAAGUUAAGGAAGGUGUUACUUUUAUUCCUGUUGAAUGGUACCAACAGGUCUUUGAUGUUCUUUUCCCAGGAUUGACCCAACAAGAAGGUAAUGAUGUGUGGAAGGAAGAGUUUAAGAAGUUAGAAGAAAAGAAGAAUAAGAAGAAGGACCAGGAAAAGGAAAGUGACGUGUAACUAUGACGUAUAACUACGAUGUAUAAGAUUAUUGUAAAUAGAUUAAAAUAAUAACAUUAAUUUCAAAUAUGUUGCUAUUUAUGUUUACGUUCUUCGGUCAUGGAUCCAAAGAAUUGACGAACUUCAUCUUCAGUGACUAUUUUCCCUUGUUCUGCGAAUGGUUUGAAAAAGUCACGAAGUUUAGAUCUCAUUUGUUCAUAUGCUUGUAACCCUUCAAUGGCUUUGUCUCGAGGGAGAGAAUGCAAUGCAUCGGUUCCCAUAUCUAGUAUAGAUCCGGUUUCUGAAUCGUCGUCUUGAGGGGGUUCAUAUACUGGAUCAUCUUCAAAUAAGUAGUUAUUGUUUGAAAGAAACUGAUGUAAUUUGGAUUCUGAUGGUAGUUUAGGGUACAAUUUCUUGAUUUGAUCUCGGAAAUCAUUGCUUAGGAAAUAUGAGUAUAAUGGUGCCUCGGUUGCAACAUCUGUAGUGUCAACUUUUGCUUUUUUGGCUGCUGGUUCUGCCAGAGUCUGCUCGAAUGUUUCCUUUUGUUUAUGCCAUUCUUCUACCGAUGGAACUUGCUUAAAGUGUGGCAACUUGGUAUGGACAAUGGUAGUUUGUCUAUCCAAUUCAUCAAACACUUGUUUGAAUUUAGAAAUGCACUUCCAACACACAAACACGUCAAAAUCGACCAAAUUGGGAAAGUAUUUCAACUUGGGUUCCUCUCCGUUAUCUGUUUUACUUACAGCCAGCUUGUCUAUCCCCAUUAUACACCUAUCAUGAUACCAAUCUUCCCCGCAUUCAAAUCCAAAAUAGCAUUGAAGCAUAUCCCCGGUUUCUUCGGCCGGAUUAUAUUGUUCUUGACAAUCACAAAACGUGCCCCUGUAGUUCUGGUUGUAUGAAUUUGAAGAAGAAGGGAUAUCCUCAGCAUUCAAUUCUAACUCCUUUGCACUUGAAUUUGAAGAGAUGGAAAGUCUUCUUUCUAGUUUAUGACCGUGUCUUCGCAAUUUACAUGCACCAUUAUGGGUCUUGCUCAUUCGCGUGGUUCCACAAUCACAUACAAACCCACGUUUGCUGAAAAGCUCAACAAUGUCAUGACUGGCAUGACAUUGGAUCGAACACGAGUAACACACUCCGAUGGGUGUAUCGUCAUUCUGACGGGAACACGUUAGACAUGCAAACACGGGUUGUCGCAACUCUCCAAGUUCAUAAGUGCAUUCAUUAGGGUCGUACGGCAUCAAUUCGCGGGCUUCACGUUCUAGACGAACUUGGUUGGUGAUAUAGUCUACUGCCGUUACUGAUUCUGAUGCAUUGGUCGUGGUUGUGUCUGGAUCAGUCAUGCUUGCAGAGAUAAGUGCUGUUUGCUGGCGGG